AUGCAGACAGUAGAAUACUUAAUUUCGCUUGGGGGAGUAGAGAAAGGUACGUUAAAUCGCAAAAAUGAGAGAGCGUGGGAUCUUGUAAAUCGCCUUCCAAUGACCGAGAAUAGAAAGAAAAUCGAAAAGGCAAUGGGUAUUACGAAAAGUAAGCGAUUUACGUAUCGAUGGAUUCUUGAGCGCCUGGACGACUACAAAGGAGAAUGGCUAAAAGAGAUGAGGGGAUCAAUCAUGGUGGUGGCCACCGUUAUAGCAACGAUGACGUUUCAAACGGCCACCAACCCACCAGGUGGCGUCUGGCAAGAGACCUCAAACAGCCACGUGGCGUUCGAUGGGUAUGUUUACUUUGACUGCGACGUAAAUAUAUGUAUAGCUGGAACGUCGGUGCUGGCUCAUGCCUGGGAAUCUCACUAUCUCCAAUUCAUUAGAUAUAACAGCUCGGCUUUUAUAGCUUCGCUAAGCGUUAUACUUUUGUUAAUUGGAGGACUCCCUCUAAAGAGCAAGACUUGCGUUUGGCUCUUAACUAUGGCCAUGUGUGCCACUUUGACGUUUAUGGCUCUUACUUUUCUCAAGGGUAUGUACAUAGUGACUCCUUAUCAUAUUGCACAUACCAUAAAUAGGAUCUACGACACGUCGUUUAAGAUGUGGAUUGGGUUGCUCGCUAUCAUCGGUGUGGUCCAUACUAUAAUCUUUCUCAUUUCUCUCUUCAUCUAUCAUACAAAUUAUGAAACUUCCAAUAAUAUUAAGUUGCGGAGGACUGCCUCAGUACAUGAUCACGACACUACUUCUUCUGGCCGUAAUGAUGAUAAUGAUUCGGUUGCUUUAGUAAUGGCCUAAUAAACAAAAAUAAUACUAAGUUCGUACGUACGUUCUACCUACCCCAACCUAGCUAAUAUAUAAUAUAUGUGUGUACUACGUUAUAUAUGCUUUACCAUGUGUAAUAAUCAGUUAUAUUUUGAGCGUGUUUUCCUUCCUAUUAUAUAUAUAUAUGUAAAAGUUUGCUUGAUAAUAAAGGGGCUGGGUGAUUAAUCUAUUG